CGCGCGGGGGGGCAUCGACGGCGGGUCUCCAUUCUCCAUCGCUAUAAGAAAAAAGUGUCAUGUGCUUCCCUCUCGCACCUAAAUUCUCUGCGUCACGACUCAGGAAGAGGUCGGAGCGGGAGAGCUGUCAGGCUUCCAGCCGAGAUCCUGCAAACCGCGCGGCGGAGUUAUUCCGGGCUCUGUGCGAGUUCUGCAGUUCCGGCGCUGCUCUUCUUUCCCGCGCCGCCUGCCUGUCUGCCUGCAAGAAAGCGCCGGGGGCGUGCCGUCUUUUCCCCCCCUCCACGCUUCAGCAUCAGCAGCAGCCAGCAGCGCAGUAAAUUUCGCCGGCGCGUUGGGCAGCAGCAGCAGCAGUUGGCAGCCAACGUCCCGCUCCCCCGCCCGCUAUUACUUCCCCAGCUCCGCGACAAGCUAGGCGCGCGUCGUCCUUGUGCUCCUCUGCAGCAAAACGAGCUUCCGGCGCUUCGGGUUCAGUUGCGACUUGCGAGGAUGGCGACGGGCGAGCAGGCGGAGGACGCCAUCGUGGCGGACGUCGUCGGCAACGGCAAGGGCGAGGAGGUGCGCGCCAUGGGCGACGACGCUGAGCAGCAGCGCGACGGCGGCAAGGUCAGCAUGAAGAGCCUGCUGUGGCACGGCGGCUCCGUCUGGGACGCCUGGUUCAGCUGCGCCUCCAACCAGGUGGCGCAGGUGCUGCUGACGCUGCCGUACUCGUUCUCGCAGCUGGGCAUGCUCUCCGGCGUGCUGCUGCAGGUCUGGUACGGCCUCAUGGGCAGCUGGACCGCCUACCUCAUCAGCGUGCUCUACGUCGAGUACCGCACCCGGAAGGAGAAGGAGGGCGUCAGCUUCAGGAACCACGUCAUCCAGUGGUUCGAAGUUCUGGACGGGCUCCUGGGCCCGUACUGGAAGGCGGCCGGGCUGGCGUUCAACUGCACGUUCCUGCUCUUCGGCACGGUCAUCCAGCUGAUCGCCUGCGCAAGCAACAUCUACUACAUCAACGACCGGCUGGACAAGCGGACGUGGACGUACAUCUUCGGCGCCUGCUGCGCCACCACCGUCUUCAUCCCCUCGUACCACAACUACCGCGUCUGGUCCUUCCUCGGCCUCGGCAUGACCACCUACACCGCCUGGUACCUCACCAUCGCCGCGGCCGUCCACGGCCAGGUCCCAGGCGUCACCCACUCUGGCCCCAGCAAGCUCGUGCCCUACUUCACCGGCGCCACCAACAUCCUCUACACCUUCGGCGGCCACGCGAUCACUGUGGAGAUCAUGCACGCGAUGUGGAAGCCUCGCAAGUUCAAGUACAUCUACCUGCUGGCGACGCUGUACGUGUUCACGCUGACGCUUCCGUCGGCGGCGGCCAUGUACUGGGCGUUCGGCGACCAGCUGCUGACGCACUCCAACGCCUUCUCGCUGCUGCCGAGGACGCCGUGGCGCGACGCGGCGGUGGUGCUGAUGCUGGUCCACCAGUUCAUCACCUUCGGCUUCGCGUGCACGCCGCUCUACUUCGUGUGGGAGAAGGCGGUGGGGAUGCACGUCACCCGGAGCGUCUUCCUCCGCGCGCUGGUCCGCCUCCCCAUCGUCGUCCCCGUCUGGUUCCUCGCCAUCAUCUUCCCCUUCUUCGGGCCCAUCAACUCCGCCGUCGGCGCGCUCCUCGUCAGCUUCACCGUCUACGUCAUCCCGGCCCUCGCCCACAUGCUCACGUACCGCUCCGCGUCCGCCAGAUUGAACGCAGCGGAGAAGCCGCCGUCCUUCUUGCCGAGCUGGUCGGGGAUGUUCGUGCUGAACGCGUUCGUGGUGGCGUGGAUGCUGGUGGUUGGAUUCGGCCUCGGCGGCUGGGCCAGCGUCACCAACUUCAUCAAGCAGAUCGAUACGUUCGGGCUCUUCGCCAAGUGCUACCAGUGCCCGACGAAGCCACACCCCGGGUCGCCGCUGCCGGCGCCGCCGCAUCACUGAAGCAGCGAGCGAGUGCCAAAGGCUAACGACCGUAAACCGAGACAUUCCCGGGUGGUUUCGGUCGUCUUGUUAUAUGCAGCCUUUCUAGGAGUGUACAACACAGCGGAGCAGCUUGUGAGUUCACUGACCCGAGAUACCUAGACUGGACUCGCAUGUGUCGCGUGGCUUUGAUACAUUAGUGGGCCUCAGUGUCACUUCCUUUGUCUUGGUUGUUUGCACAUGGUUGUUUUAGGUUGUUCGGUUCAUGGUACGUGCCAUCUAGUACAAGACUUGAUACAAUGAUACACAGUGGUGUCUAUUCU